CUGUUCUCUGGGCUCCACUUCGUAGUUCGUACACUCCGAUAUAAAAACCAUUCAGGAUAUCUGUUCUAUUUUUAGUUCGAGUAAUCAUCGUUCGCAACUGCUUUUAAGGUUUAAUAGGUGAUAGCUUCUAAAUUGUACUAAAAUCUUAAAGCUAUUGAGACUUUCACACUCACAACAUGGCAUUGGCCAGAAUUGCUAGGAGUGGAUUCAGAAGGUCAGGAGGUGCCUUAGGCGGUUACUCACUUCAGAAUAAUACAUUAUGUGAGGGAGUACCCGCAUUCAAAUAUUCCUUACCUUCCCUUGAAAAUGUCUCACCACAUAGCAACCUAUCAUACUUAUUUAACAUUAGGAAGGCAAGUUCUUUGGGUAAUUGGAGCAGGGGAAUCAGGACAACCCCACAUUUUCAAUCUCAAAAUGCAGAGAGAAUUGUGGAGGAGUCUGAAUCAGAAUAUGAGGAAACAAGGUAUGCAGGGCUAGAAGCGACGAAGCCAGGUGAAAAGCCAAGGGUGGUUUUCAUUGGUACAGGAUGGGGUGCAUGCCAGUUCCUUAAAGGACUGUAUACCAAAAUUUAUGAUGUUGUUUGCAUAUCUCCAAGGGAUCACAUGGUCAUCACACCUUUACUUGCUUCAACUUGUGUUGGAACCCUGGAAUUUCGCUCUGUAGCUGAGAAUGUUAGUCAGUCUUCCUGCACUGGCAUUGUCCCUGACAAACAUGAAGUUGCUGAAAGGCAAGGGGGUUUGUUUGACAAAAAGAUUGGGAGGCAAUAUGGGAGCAAGGCAUUUAGUGAUCCAAUUCAGCAAAGGAUUGUUGAUGGAACUAAUAACGAGAUUGUUCGACCCUUAUCUCCUCAUCUUCCUAUUUAUAAGCCACAGCUUAAUUCGACGUCAUCAAUUUUCAAUAGAAUCUCUGGGGCUUACCUAGCCGGUAUAAUUUUGUUUUAUUAUCUUCUUUAUUUGAAAAUGGGUUCGAUUUGCUUCACCUAUUAUGGUUUCUACCAAUUCCUCUUUUAUUCAUCGAAGCUCGACCUAAUCUUCCUUGAGCUUAGUGCCUUAGCCCUGUCCUAUCAUCUGUUUAAAGGAGUUGGUCAUUUAUGGACGGAUUUUUCCGCAUUUACCAAGAAUAAAAGGGGAAGAAAGCAUUUCUAGCAUGGCAUCAGUUGGCCGCUACAAGGCUUUGCUGGAUCUAGGCCAAUAAAAGGUAAGGGUUUUAAGUUUUAGAUAUUGAAUACUUAAUGGUUGUAGGUGACGAAAAUUUGGGUGAUUUUGCAGGAUGCAAAAGGCAUAUGACUUUAAAAAAAGGAAUAAUAAUGUUGUUUUGUCUGUACCUUUUAUGUUUUCUUGUAAUUAGCUGGAACCAAUUUGCUAUAAACAAUGUUAGUUCCAAAUGUCACCUCGUGGUGCCCUUUUAGAACCAUUCUUUAAUUUUUACUGUCCCAGUGGAUGAUUCUUUA